AUGUCCGGUCGUCAAAAUUCUCCGCGCAUCGGAGAACAGGCUGCACUGGACGAGGCUCGUGACGCGGGAAGUGGCACCUACGACACGGACGACUGGCAGAAGAUACUGCACGGAGAGCCUCCCACCCCCGGCAUCGUGCUGGCCGAAGGUGCCCACGAUCAGGAGCUGCGGCAGUUUCUGGACACCCUCGAUGAUGAAGACGGUGCGAAUGCGCUGGGCGAUGUCCCGGAGGUGGAGAUUGUCCCAAAGCCGGGAACUAUCGCCGACGAUGAGGUAAUCCUCACUAGAGUCCGCCAGAAGAUGAAAAAGAAGCUGUUGAAGAAGCGGGCCGGAGGAAAGUUGAAGGAAAAGAGGACGGCCGGAAUGCGACAGCAGAAGUCCCGCGUGACGAGACGCAUCUUGCGUCGCCGACUUGCUGCCUACUCGUUUGUCCAGAAGCUGUAUCUGGCCACCAACAGCCGCCGCAUUGACUUCCUCAAUUGGUCGAAGAAGGGCAAGCACCUGCUGCUCGAGUAUGUGGCGCUGCAGGAGCAUUUGAUGGGAUCUCGGUCCCUGUUCCGUUGCAACAGCGUCCUCCAGUUCACGAAGCAGCUGUUGAACCACGGCUUUGUGCGUGUGCUGGACCACGACCUGCAGGAUCUGCCCAAGAGCUCUAUAGUCUUGGUCUUCCAGAAUCCCAACUUCGUAAUGGGUGUGCCGAAAAAGAUCCGCCACAUAAGAAACCUGCAACCGCAAGAGAAAAAGGAGACACCCACACCGCAACAGAAGCAGCAGCAGAAGGACCUCUGCUUCUCUUUCAACUCCUAUCUGUCGCCCCUGCAGAUGGCACGCUGCCGCCUCCGCACGGAGCUGAGCUACCAUUCCGACGUGGCUUUGCUGCAGGAACACGCCAAUGCCUCGAACAGGCCGGUGGCCAAACGCGGGGGCCGGCCGGCCGCCAUCCUGGAGACCACCGUGGAGCAGCAGCUGGUGGCCAAGACGGACAAGAUCGUGAAUCCGUACGAGUCGGUGGCCAAGAUACUCACCAAGCAGGUGCCCUCGUUUGCCGGCUACUACGGCAACGUGCCGCCCCCGAAGCUGCAGGACUUCUUCCAGGAGUACAUGCCCCGCUACGGCAUCAAGAUCAGCGGCUACAAGCAGAUCGUGAUCGACGGCCACAACAAGUCGGGCGACUUCAACCAGAACCUACCCAUUGGUGUGGACUACUCCGACGAGGAGAACGAUGCUGCCGCAGAUGCCAAGAAGGAUGCCUUUGACCUUGAGGAGGUCAUGCAGCAGCUGUGCGACGACGAUGGCGACGGCAGCGGCAGUGGCAGCGGCAGCACAUCCAAGCCCAAGGAGAAGCCCAAACCGAUCAAGUCCAAAAAAAAGAAGUACAACAAAGGCUCGAAAUUGAACGCGCUCCUGGAGUCUAGCUCCAGCUCCGGUUCCAGUUCCAGCGAAGACGAAGACGAAGGAGCUUCCCCGUCAUUGGAGCUGUUUCUGAACGAGAACAACGGCACCUACAAGUUUGUAAAGAAAUCCAAGCAGGAAAAAAAGCUGCCCCAAGGGAUAAGGGCACAGAAAACGACAAAGAAUCGUCUGCAGGGAGUUGAUCGAGAAACUGGCGACGAACCAUUGCCCAAGAAGUCCAUGAAGGAGGCCGAUGUCGAGGUCUUCCCCGACGAAAACGAGAAAUCAGGGCAGAAGAUCUUGAUGAGCGAGGAGGACGAGCUGAUGGACUUUGCCGUAGCCGACGACGACGACGAUGAGGAGUACAUCGACCAGAAGGUGCUGCGCCGCACAGCCACACAGUCGGCAGCCAAGCGCCGCAGCUACGAUUUCCGCAAAUCCAAGCUCACCCUCCAAAAGGAAUAA